AUGGGCCACAACACCAUUGCAACCGAGGGUAUCGACAUUUCUCUUGAUAAGGCACGAACCUGGAUUCACAACAUGCUCCUGAUGAGGCAUGUCACCCUCGACCCCUGCAUCCUCAUCAUUUACUAUGUCAUAUUGUGGCGGGGAUGCUACAUUCUGAACACGAGGUCUUUCCACAGUCCAGAUGGCAGAUACGCGCGGAAGCUCUACCUGUGCUGUCUCAGGACUAUGCCAUGCUGGCAGAAGGAAGCCACUGGUUCUAUCACCGAUUUCAUUGCUGCUAUCUUCAUGACCGGCAUUGCAACAGAAUCCUAUGACUUCGAAAUGAGUCUGGAAAUGCACCAAUUGGCUUGCGAGUACGCCAAAGGUCUCCAGAUGCACAGUCUUGACAGUAAUGACUACUUUGUAGCCACCGGUUGCCCCAGCACCGACGAGGAUCGCAAGGGCAUGUGGGAACUCAUCCAAACGGACCUCUUCUACCACUUGAUCUACAACAAGCCGGCGACUCUCUAUCCGAGCCUCGAUAAGUGGCAAGUAAACUUGCCAUGGCUGUCACUCGACCUACCCCCGGAAAAGGGUGCCCAAGUGUCGACGAUAUCAUUCCUCUUCCGCAGCCGACUUGCAUUCAUUCUUAUUCGCUUCUUCCAGACGCUUGAAGGACUUGAGAACGAGUCAGAAGCUGUCGAAGCAAUCGAGCCUCUGUGCCACGAGAUUGAGAUAUUGUUUGAUGAAUGGGGAAUCGAAGACUGGAUCGAACGAUCAAGUGACGACCACAUGGAUCUGUGGAUUUUGGCAAGUCUGGUUUUGACCGGCUACACCUCCAUCAUCUUCAUGUUGCGAAAGGCGACCCUCCUGAAAUCAAACUCCCCUGUACCGGUCUGCACCGACAACAACGUGCCCAGAACAGAUUUCUCAACCCGAGCCUCGCGUCGCAUCCUCGACCUGACGUACAACAUGCUCCACGUUUGGAAGUUUCCCGCGGCGGAAACAAUCUCGUACAUCCUUGGUGCAUACAGAGCACACACCGCCUAUGCCCAUCUGGCGAGCAACGCCAUGAAUGCCCCCAACCCUGGCGACAUGAUUGGGGACCUACAAUUGCUAGAUCGCGUCGCCCAAGGUAUCGAGACGGCGACGCAGCAGGAAAGCGACUUUCUCCCUUUGGCACGGGAGAUGAAGAGGAUCAAUGCUCAAGUUAAGGAAAAGGUCAAUGGCACUACGAGUGAACGGAAUGCUUAA